AUGAAACAACUUGAGGGUUUCAUUCAAGAAGGUGGAGAAGGAUUGGUCUGCAAAUUAGAGAAAUCCAUUUAUGGAUUAAAACAAGCAUCCAAACAGUGGUAUUUGAAGUUUGAUGAAGUGGUUAAGUCUCAUGGUUUCAUUGAAAGUCCAAUGGAUGAAUGUAUAUACAUCAAGGAGGCGAAAUGCCAGUUUCCAAAGGAGAUAAACUAA